UGGAGCCCCAAACGCAACCCUAAUUCCUCAUUUUCAUAGUACGCAAGUUUAUUUUGGUUGUGAAUCAAACGAAUCCAAGCAAAAAAAUUCUUCAAGAUGCAAAUCUUCGUGAAAACCCUCACCGGAAAGACCAUCACUCUCGAGGUCGAGAGCUCAGACACCAUUGACAACGUCAAAGCUAAAAUCCAGGACAAGGAGGGAAUCCCCCCGGAUCAACAAAGGUUGAUCUUCGCUGGAAAGCAGCUUGAGGACGGCCGUACUCUUGCUGACUACAACAUCCAAAAAGAGUCUACCCUCCACUUGGUCCUCCGUCUCCGUGGCGGUAUGCAGAUCUUCGUAAAGACCCUCACCGGAAAGACCAUAACCCUUGAGGUUGAAAGCUCUGACACAAUUGACAAUGUCAAGGCUAAGAUCCAGGACAAGGAAGGCAUCCCACCGGACCAGCAGAGGCUGAUCUUUGCGGGAAAGCAGCUGGAGGACGGCCGCACUCUGGCCGACUACAACAUCCAAAAGGAAUCGACUCUCCACCUGGUCCUCCGUCUCCGUGGUGGUAUGCAAAUCUUCGUUAAGACACUCACUGGAAAGACUAUAACCCUUGAGGUCGAAAGUUCCGAUACGAUUGACAAUGUCAAGGCUAAGAUCCAAGACAAGGAAGGCAUCCCGCCAGACCAGCAGAGGCUCAUUUUCGCUGGAAAGCAGCUUGAGGACGGAAGGACUCUUGCGGAUUAUAACAUCCAGAAGGAGUCAACCCUCCACUUGGUCCUCCGUCUCCGUGGUGGCAUGCAGAUUUUUGUUAAGACCCUUACGGGAAAGACCAUCACCCUGGAAGUCGAAAGCUCUGACACGAUUGACAAUGUAAAGGCCAAGAUUCAGGAUAAGGAGGGCAUCCCACCAGACCAGCAGAGGCUCAUCUUUGCGGGGAAGCAGCUUGAGGAUGGAAGGACCCUUGCUGACUACAACAUUCAAAAGGAGUCCACCCUCCACUUGGUCCUCCGUCUCCGUGGUGGAAUGCAGAUUUUUGUCAAGACCCUUACAGGGAAGACCAUCACCCUUGAAGUGGAGAGCUCAGACACGAUUGAUAAUGUGAAGGCAAAGAUUCAAGACAAGGAGGGCAUCCCACCAGACCAGCAGAGGCUGAUUUUCGCAGGGAAGCAGCUUGAGGAUGGUAGGACCCUUGCUGAUUACAACAUUCAAAAGGAGUCCACCCUUCACCUUGUCCUUCGUCUCCGUGGUGGAAUGCAGAUUUUCGUUAAGACCCUUACAGGGAAGACCAUCACCCUCGAAGUGGAGAGCUCGGACACAAUUGAUAAUGUGAAGGCAAAGAUUCAAGACAAGGAGGGCAUUCCCCCAGAUCAGCAGAGGCUGAUUUUCGCCGGGAAGCAACUCGAAGAUGGUAGGACCCUCGCAGAUUACAACAUCCAGAAGGAAUCAACCCUUCACCUUGUGCUGCGUCUGAGGGGUGGAAUGCAGAUCUUUGUCAAGACCUUGACUGGGAAGACCAUCACUUUGGAGGUCGAGAGCUCGGACACUAUUGAUAAUGUCAAGGCGAAGAUUCAGGACAAGGAGGGCAUCCCGCCUGACCAGCAGAGGCUGAUCUUUGCAGGGAAGCAGCUGGACGAUGGAAGGACUUUGGCUGAUUACAACAUUCAGAAGGAGUCCACCCUUCACCUUGUUCUCCGUCUCCGUGGUGGCUUUUAAGGACUUCCUUUUGGGAUGUUUGUGUUUAUGGCUUUGUGGUUGUGUUUCUGGUCCUUAAGAAAUAUUAGUAUAAUGUGUGAACUCGGUUUCUCGUGGUUUUAGUUGGCCCUUAUGAGACCUGUGAUUGAACUGGUGUUAUUUCCCCUUUCAAUCGAAGGUUAGUAUUUUCUUUCGGUGUUAUUUCUUUUGGUGCAGGUGGGUACUAAUAUCGAUCAUGGCUCUUAGAAGGUUUAAGCCAUUAUAUAUGAUUAUAUAUGAUGGCUAACUGGCUUAAGUUUC